CGGCAUUGUUUGAGAUUAUUAUUGAUGAGCAGCGAAGAGGAGUGAUUGGUCUUUUACGUGCAACCAACUAGCUAGAUGAUCUUCUUGCUAGGAUCCUUUUUGUGGCACUCUAGCUCUUAUGUUUUACCCCACAUGCUAAUAGAGAAGCUGCAAGGCACGAGCAUGAGCAAGCGAUGACAUCAAUUUUUGAAACUCCAGCGGAGCAUUGCACAAGAAGGACAAUUUGGAUAAUGCAUGCUUACUCAUCCACCAUUUGCCAACGAACUCGACUUCACUAUCACGCCUUUUCCCAGAAUCCUUACUGGAUCUCAUCCAAGCCUGUCGCAGUCGGUCUUGAUCGCGACGGGUCGUCCCAUUCUCAUACCAUGGCUGGUCAGACGUUUACCAGCCUUUCACACCGUCGUCUCCAAGCUGGACAUAGCCAGACAGGGCUGGCUAGACGAUGGAGACCUCCAAUCCGGCCUCGAGAUCGGCUUCUGUGCCGGCCAGAUUGCAUUCCUCGCUCUCAUAUCUCGAAUCUACGAGGAAUGUUCAGCCGACAAAUGGCUGUUUGCGGAAUGUCAAGUGCUUUCAACGCUUACAACUUUUGCCGUGAUUUUUCACCAUUCGUCGAGAAAGCAAACAAUCGAAUUGAUCUGCGGACUAAUCCAGAUGAUGGGCGGCCCCUAACGAAACGGUCUCUUCCAGACUGAGUCUGUCACAACCUAUCCGACGAGAUCCACUUCUCCAACACCUUCAUAGGUAUAGGUGAAGAGAGCAUCCUAAGUUAGAGUUCUUAUCGGCGGAACUCUACCGCAGAAAGAUGACGAAGAACUGACACAGCCCAUCU